CCCACCAUCUGAAAUUUUUUGGGAUAAUGGUAUCAAUUCUUUCUCUACCGUCGUCUUCCUCGUAUGUUUUCCAUGACAACAGCUUCUUCUCUAUCGUCUUCCCAAAGAGGCGUUACAGAAACAGAGACUUCACUGGAUAUUUGAGCUACUGCUCAAUUAAGUGCAAACUAGCCAGGGUCGCUGACUCUUCCGCGAACUCAGCUACGUUAACCAAAGAACCCCAUAAGUAUUUUGAUCAGGCUAUCAUCUCAGUGCGUUCAGGAGAUGGAGGCCACGGUACAGUUCUUAGCGUGCCCAAUCAACAAACUAGCAAGUCCCAAGGAAAAUACGGUAAGGAGAAGGAGAGGGUCAGGAAGAAAAGUUUGUAUAAAAGGGACUUUGAUGGAUCCCUAAUUCUCCCCAUGGGCGGGCGAGGAGGAGAUGUGGUAAUUUAUGCUGACGAGGGGAAGGACUCGCUAUUGGAAUUUCACACCAAGAGCCGCUAUAAUGCGAAGCGUGGUGGCAAUGUUGAUGCAAUGGGCGUUUUGACCUCGCAAAUGCACAAUGGACUUUCUGCCCCAACUCUGCGUAUUCCUGUUCCUAUCGGUACUGUUGUAAAGCGUAAAAGAGGAAAACUUUUGGCUGAUCUGGUGCAUCCAGGUGACGAGAUUCUUGUUGCUAGAGGAGGACAAGGAGGGAUAAGCUUGAUAGAUACACCAGAGAGUAGAAGGAAAAAGAUGAUGUCUCUGACCUCCAAUGUGAUGAGAGAUGAAAGUGAUAAGGUUCUGUUAUUUGGUCAACCUGGGGAAGAGGUCAGUUUGGAGUUGAUUCUUCGAGUAGUUGCCGACGUUGGUUUGGUUGGACUUCCCAAUGCUGGAAAAUCUACACUUCUGGCAGCCAUUACUCUUGCAAAACCCGAUAUUGCAGACUAUCCUUUCACCACUUUAAUUCCGAACCUUGGACGUCUUGAUGGGGACCCCAGUUUAGGAGCAGGGAUGUAUCAAUCUGAAGCUACUUUAGCAGAUUUACCAGGGCUUAUAGAAGGUGCUCAUUUGGGUAAGGGUCUUGGUCGCAACUUUUUGAGACACUUGAGAAGGACCCGGCUGUUGGUUCAUGUUGUUGAUGCAGCUGCCGAGAACCCUGUUGAUGACUAUAUGACCGUGAGAGAAGAAUUGCGGAUGUACAAUCCUAAUUACCUCGAAAGACCAUAUGUUGUGGUGCUAAACAAGACUGACCUUCCUGAGGCUAGAGAUAGGCUUCCAUCCCUAACUGAAGAAAUAUUGAGAAUUGGAACCGAUGACCUUUUUCCUCAGCAAGUGGGAUCUGAGGAUGGUGCUCAAUCAUCACCUUCGGAAGGUGAUCUUGCAACUGCUUCUUCUUUGGGGAUUCCAAAUACGGAUCAAAAGGAUAAAGAGAUUGAGGACUAUCCCCGUCCUCUUUCUGUUGUAGGCGUUAGUGUUCUGAAAGGCAUCAAUAUAAGUCUAAUGUUGAAAGAGAUUCGAGCAGCAUUGAGGAAGUGCAGAGAUCCCGACGGAGCGUUGACGAAUUCAGGUGGUUAACUUGAGUCAGAAACAAGAACAACUACAGAUUGGCUUUAAAAUUUGCACUCCCCCAUAUACAUGCUAUAUGCUAUUCCACUCAAUUUCUUGGUGUUCAGCGAGAAUGUUGCACUGAGAUAUCAGCUGCUGCCCAUGGUUUCCAACUAUCAUUCACUGUGUAUAUUGUUGAGAUUUUUAACUUUGGAAGUGAGAUUUUUAAGUUUUAGUUUUACUAACUAUUUAUUUCUUUA